ACCAGUUUAUUACCUAAAACGAUAUGAAGCAGAACUACCUGCAAUCUAUAUAAUUAAUGAAUUUACUCUUUGAUUACAUUAUUUCGGAUUUUACAAAACAGUUUAAUUGAACGAUAUCUCUUCAUUACAACUGUACGCUAGAGAACAUUAAUUUUAAUAAUAGGUAAAAACUUAUUUAUCAGUGUAUAAGUUUUUAUGAUCGCCAAUAUAACAGCAAAGUUGAAGUCAGUACUUACUUUUCUCAUUCAAUGGUGUUUGUGUAAGACUUAGAAUAAAAGCAGUGUCUUCGUAUUAAAAUGUCGAAUGGUCCAGUACCGUACGUAACUGCCGCUGUGACGGCAAUUGGUGUGCUUGGCGGUGCUUACUACGCUUAUCGCCUGUACUGUCAAGAUAACAAGAAGAUAAAAAUACCCGAAAACUGGACUAAAGUCGGAACGCUCAAAGCUAUCAACGUUUAUCCAAUUAAAUCAUGCGCGCCAGUAAUGUUGGAGAAAGCAGAGUGCUCAAUAUUAGGCCUCAAAGACGGCUGGCUAAGGGACAGAGUCGUAAUGGUUAUAGAUGAAAAGAACAACUUCGUUACAGCGCGGGCUUUUCCUGAGCUAUUGACUGUGCAGCCGACAAUUAGGAGCUCCAUUCUUACUGUGAAACACGCGCAAAUGGAACCUUUGCAUGUUAAUUUAGCCGAGGUUGCAGCACUACAAAAAAGUAAAACGGCCUACGUUUGGGGUGUACCAGUUCCCGUUUAUGACUGCGGCUUCGAGGCCAGCGAAUGGUUUUCUAGGUUCUUAGAUAGUUCGGCCGCGAACUAUCGGCUGGCCUACUACGCCUCGCAAUCCUGCCGCGAACAGAGAAUUACAGCAAACAAAUUCUACAACUUUACUCCAAAGGAUAUGGGUGCUCUUCCGGAUGAAUUAUCGUUUAAUAUGAUAAACGAAGCAUCGGUAGAGGACUUGAACACACGUUUGAAUGAGAACUGUCGUGUAACAACACGCAAUUUCCGACCGAAUUUCGUGGUGGAAGGCGCUGAGCCUUACGCUGAAGACGGAUGGAAAUUCGUGAAGAUCGGCGAAAACGUGUUCGAAGUUAUAAAGCCGUGCACGAGAUGCGUGAUGACCACAGUCGAUCCAGAAACUGGCGUUCGCAAUUCUGCUUCUGAACCAUUGAAUACAUUGAAAAAAUAUCGUCAAAUAGAGAACGAAGAAGAACGCAGGUCGUCCGGCAGUUCUCCGCGUAUGGGCGUACAACUGGCGCUGCGAAGUAAACCCGGCGGCACAGUUUCCUUGAACGAUCCUAUUUAUGUAGCAUGAAUAGCAAUUUUUUUUUUUUACUGAAAACGAUUUAUAUGUUUUACUUUUUAACAUUCUAUUAAUUUUCGUUUUCUUAAUUAAAUAUAAUUGUUAUGUUAAGAAUCGAGUAACAUUAUACCUACAUUGACAUUUUUCUCGAAUCUUUCUGUAAUCUGUUUUUCUUCAAUCUAUUUUAUA